AUGGCCGGGGCUGCGGGGAGGAAGCUGGGGCUGCAGGCGGUUAAGCGAGUGUUGGUUCGUUUCUGCCCCUUUGAGAGCAACGUGGAGGCGACGAGGCAGUUCCUCCAAGCGGUGAGCAGCGAGAAGGUGCGCGCUUCCAACCUCAACUGCACCGUGCAGGUGGACGUGCGGCACGACGGCUCCGAGCCCUCCGUGGACGUGCUUUUCGGAGACGGAGACCGGCUGAUCCUUCGCGGCGCCCACCUCACGGCGCAGGAGAUGCUCGCAGCCUUCAGUUCUCGGGUCCUGGCCAAGAGCAGCCCCUCUUCCGGGCAGAAGGGCUGA